AUGAACGGCCAAGUGGUACGUCUGAGGAAGGUUCAUCCGGUUGUCAUGGCAGCCGAAAACGGCUGUUUCGUGAACUGCGCCCACUUGAUUUCUCUGAUCACCUUGAAAGGCCUCCGGCAUAUCAAAAGAACUCUGUCGUCGUAUUUUGAUGCGAAAGUUACGGAUGCGAUUCUCAUCAUCCAACAAUUUCACGAACCGCCCGAGCAGGAUGGACAGAGUCGCAAGGGCUGA